CUCACUAUCAUCACUCCAUCCCGCGGACCAAUCAGAGUGGCCGCUCGGCCCCCCGACGUCAGUCUCCUCUCCUUCUGACCAAUCAGAUUUCUCGAUAUUACUGUACUUCACCCGGCCGGCCGCCUCUCUCUCAGGUAGACGGGACGUACCGCGGAAAGUCUUCUCUCCAGACCUGCAGUCACCUUACGUCAUCCAUCAUGGAGGUGAACGGCACGGCAGACAUCCUGAGCUCUGCCUACCUUGCGGCGGAGUAUGUUGAUGCCGUGUUGCCAGAAAACCCCUUCCAGCCCUCCCUGAAACACGCCUGGGGCUACAUGCUGGACAACUACACCAAGUUUCAGAUUGCCACCUGGGGGUCCCUCAUCGUCCACGAGUUCAUCUACUUCCUCUUCUGCCUGCCUGGUUUCGUCUUCCAGUUCAUGCCCUUCAUGCAGAAGUACAAGAUCCAACCGGACAAACCAGAGACCUGGGAGAAACAGUGGAGAUGUUUCAAGAUGCUGCUGUUCAACCAUUUCUGCAUCCAGCUGCCUUUGAUCUGCGGGACUUACUACUUCACUGAAUUCUUCAACAUCCCUUAUGACUGGGACUCCAUGCCGCGCUGGCCGUACCUCCUGGCUCAGUGUUUUGGCUGUGCUGUUGUUGAAGACACCUGGCACUACUUCCUCCAUCGCCUGCUUCACCACCGCAGGAUCUACAAAUACAUCCACAAAGUCCACCACGAGUUCACCUCUCCGUUUGGCAUGCAGGCAGAAUACGCUCAUCCUGCUGAGACACUCAUCCUGGGAGCUGGUUUCUUCAUCGGCAUCAUGAUCUUCUGUAACCACGUCUUCUUCCUGUGGGCCUGGGUGGCCUUCCGCCUGCUGGAGACCAUUGACGUCCACAGCGGUUACGACAUCCCUCUGAACCCUCUCCACCUGAUCCCGUUCUACGCCGGUGCCCGUUUCCACGACUUCCACCACAUGAACUUCGUCGGGAACUACGCCUCCACCUUCACCUGGUGGGACAAGCUGCUGAAGACGGACAACCAGUACAACAAGCACAUGCAGAAACAGGGAGAAAAGAAGGAGCAGUAAACCACUCGCGCCUCCGUUCAUACACACCUGGUUUUGCCGGGAGUAGGGAGGACGCAGUGAGUCGUACGGACACACAGCGAACACACAAACACUGCUGCUUAUCCUCUCAGUACACAGUAAUACACACACACACACACUAAUGGUUUACUUUAAAUGAAUCAGCACCACUGUGGUUUGAUUCUGAAUCAGACUGUGCCUUUCUGCAAAAAAAGAAGUAUUGUUUUGUGCUUCUGUCAACAGCUGCUGGCUGAAAUAAAACCAUCAACAUCCUCAUUUUGAUUUAUCGCUUUGCUUGGUCAUUGAGUGAAACAAGUAUGUAUAUGUCUUUCUUGUGAAAUGCUUGUGUAUACCUCUGAAUGUCUCAGCACUUUAGAGCUUCCUCUCGAGUUGAACUGAGUCACAGUGACACAGUUUCUACUCUGUUAAAGCUGCAGUUCAAAUGGGAACUGUCUUAACUCAGUGCCGACUGUUUAAACAAGUCAGGCAUGUUUGAUGCAAAACCCAUGUAAAUUUUUUGAUAAAAAGGGAUUGGCUCAUAUCGCACUUCUGGGUUGUUUAAGCCUGUUUUGUUUUAAGACUGUAACAAUAAUCAAAUGCUGUUUUGAUUUUACAAAAAGAAACCUUGAAAAUGUUUUAUUUUUCUGUUUUUUUGUCAUAUUAGAAUAAAGAUAUAUGAUCAUAUUUAA